CGCCGUUCCCCACGCAGUUCUCCUUUUCGAGCUUUCUAGCACGUUACUACAAACAGCCGUGACAUUGGAUCGAUGUCGGUCGUCUGCUUUUGCAAUGAAGUCGUCGGUAGAAGAAACGAACAGAAGAAAUUCCCUGAUAGUUGGUAUCAGUUUUGCAAGAAAACAUCUCCUAAAUCUAUCUGCAAAACUUAAUAUUCUCUUUGCUGGCUGUAUUCUCACUUUGCACUCAGUCUUCUUGAUGUGGGGAUCCGUGUUGCUGUGGCACAACUACGGGGUGUGGUCAAUGAUUUUACUCGUGGCCGCCCUAGAUGUGAUGCUUCUCGCAAGGAUGUGCAGACCUGGCAAAUCAGUUGGAAGGUGGUAUCAUCCAAUGGUUAUUUACAUGGGCGUAGCUAUAAUAGCUUCUUGGUUGAUUCUGGUUGGAAUGUAUAUUGACCCUCCUACGACUGAGUCUGAAGAGAAAUUUCUCAACGUUACUGCCAAUUUAAGUGAUGAAGAACUCAGCAGGCAACUGCUAGUGAUUCGAACUAGAGAUGCAAAAGAAUCUCUGGCAACAAUUCAGGACUCCAUCGGCAAUAUUGGAAUCAGUAUCAAUGUUACCUUGGAUAUUCAAUUUGAAACAAUUGCUUAUGUUGGUAUCCAAUUCAUUACUCCUGUCAUUAUCUUUACUCGAUGGAUGAUGCCACGAGUUGACCUUACAAACAAAGAGCUCUCACAACUACUGAUGACUGGAGUUGCCAUGUCCUUUGAUAUCGUAGAGCUACAAGACAACAUACAGAAUGAAGAUCUUCGUAGUAAUAAAACACUUGCUUAUCUCAUUCUCCUUUUCACAUCUCUCAGUCUGCUACAGCUCCUGCAGCUAUCCGAAGCUUUAGCUAAACGUGCUGUCUCAUCUACACGAUGGGAAAUGUUUUGGACAAUCUACAGUAUUGUGUGUCAGGAGAUCCCUUUCUUGGUCACUCGUAUCUAUAUUCUUAGUGUAUCUGGAUUCGCAAUUGUCCAACUAAUCUUCCCUCUCAAGAAUGCCUAUAGUAUUGUGUUUGGUUUCUAUCACAUCUUUGCAGUCUUGAAGAUUAGAAAGGGGAAGUUGAAAAUAGAGGAAAGGCAGCAAAAACUGAGUGCUACUAUGUUAAUGGACACAUCAGAUGGCAUGUCUGGAUCUUUCUUGUUUAAGAUAACGGAUACCAUAUCAUCAGUUGCACAGUCUAUUGUUGAGAAGAAAUCUUUGUAUUUGUCAUGGAGCAAAAUUUUUGUCAGCUUUAUUCUCCCAGUCCUCAUUUUAAUUGUUCAUUUGCUUGUUUUGAUAUGGCGAGUAACACUUGUUAAUAAGAAUGGCGUGUUCUGGCUACUUGCUUUGAGUGUGUUGCCAUUUGCUGCUAUCACCAUUCCAAGGAUCAUUCAAUACAGACAAGGCAUCGCUAAAGAGAAGAUGAAAGUCAACAUAUGGUACCAACCAUUGCUCAUCUACCUAAUUGUGGCAAUAACUUGUUUCUGGCUCAUCAUUCUGCCUCUUGCAGACAAUGACAAAUUCCUUUCCAAUGACGUGAUCAUUUCAAGAAACGGUCUUACAACUGCAUGUGAUUUAACAAAGGUUGACACAGACAGAAACAGAAGCAAAUUAUUGAGUUCCAUUGCAACAGUUUUGCCAUCGCCAACUGCAGAGCCAUAUUCACAUCCUGUUACUUUCUUUGCCGUUCCUAGUCCAACACCAAUAGAAAGAGCAGAAAAUGCUGUAGAAACCAAUACAACAGGCCUUUCUGCCAACCAGACAGCCACUUCUACAUCCAUAACAGCAAUUCCUACCCAUACAAGGACCAUUUCUACUUCUACGACAGCUAUUCCUACCUACACAACAGCCAUUUCUAUCUCCACAACAGCAACCUUUAAUGACACAAGAACCAUUUCUAAAGGUACAACAACCACUCCUAACAACACAGCCAUUUCUAUAAACAAGACAUUCACAUCUGCUAAAUUUACUGGAUUUGUAAACUGUGAGAGGGAUGCAUCAGAUCCGCAACUGGCAGAUACAGUCUCAUAUGCAUUGCUGCAACUUGUGCUGCCUCUUACAAUACUUGGUCGAUGGUGGAUGCCAAAAGAGGGACUGACAUCCAAAGCAUUUUCUAGUCUGUUGCAAGUGGCUCUGGCUAUGGCAUUUGACAUUGCAGAAUUCACUCAUUUGGUAGUUGAAGAACCUCAAUUGCACAAAGACCAAACUCUUCUCAUUUUGGUUCUGACAUUCACAUCAACUAGCAUCUUCCUUUUGGUUCAGAUUGAUGUUGGCAUGACAUCAGAUAACACAGUAAGUGAAAUUGUGUGGACAACAUUGACUGUUCUUUUUUUAGAUGGUCCGUUCUUUGUUCUUCGAGUCUAUAUUGCAUCAGAGUACAGUACAGAAGACUUGCAGCUUGUAUUCCUUCUCAAGAAUUUGUUUGGAAUUAUAUUUGGCAGCUACAGAGUUAUUUCACUUUGCAGUAGCAAAAGUGAAGAGUCUGAAGACGAUGAGAUCAAUGCUUCUAACCGACCUCGUUUACUUGAAGUUCAUAAGCUAAAUGACGACAUACACGUCUACAGAUCUGCAACAGACACAGAAAAUGGCAGCAAAGAAACUACAGAAAUAGAUCUCAAUGAUAAUAGCAGUGUUCCUAAUAGUCAGACAUCACACGAUGAAGAAGUUGAUAUUCCUAAUGUAGCAGCUCCAUUACACGAUGGAGGUGUUGUUGUUAUUUCCAAUGAAGCAGCUAUAAGUGACAAGCAAACAAGUAGCUAUACUCAUUCUAAUGUCCAAAAAGCACAGGAAUAUGUCACCAACAAUGAAGGUGCUCAUGACCAGCAAAACGGAGACAAUAGCAAUGCCAGCGAGAGAUACAACCACUUUGAAUUGCUUGAAGAGCGGAAAGAAAAUGGCAAGCACAGAUUUGCACACGAUAUGGAACAUACAGUUGAUAAUGACAAAGAAACAAGUAGUUUGUCUGCCAGACAUGAACAGUGUCUUGAAAAAUCUCACAGCAACGAUGAAAACAAAAUAAAAAGUACAGACGGUGAUAAUGUUGAGAUCAUACAUCCAGAAGAUGUAGCUACGGCAAGUGACGACCACAUAAGUAGUCAUUCUAGUGUCCAACGAAAUAUCACCAACAAUGAAGAUACUCGUGACAAAGAAAAUGAAGACGGUGGCAAUGACAGUAAGACAGGCAGUCAUUUUGAAUUUAUGCAAGGAUACGCAAGUAAGCGACAAGCACAGAUGUGCACAUGAUGUGGAACCUACCGCUGAUAAUGGUAGAGACAAGGAGUUUGAUAAUACUGCAGAAGAUCCAGCUAUGAUAGGACACAAUUAAGCAAACACAGAGAAAAUGUACUUCAUGUACUUAUCAUAUUGCAAUGUAGAUAAAGUUGCAUUCUACACAUUUGUUAUAACCAACUGUACAUGUAUUAAUACGUAAAUUGUAUUAACAAUUGUUGUUCCACUAUAGAUAUUGCAAUGUACCAGUCUCUUUGCAGCUUGGCACACUCUAGAUCCCAUAUAACACUGACUUCAACGUCUCUCUUGCAAUACAAAGUGUCAGGCCAACGAGUCAUGGCUAGCUACAGUGAAUCCGGUACACUACAAGAUCAGACCUCAUGGUAUCUUUACAUGAUAAAAAAAACUCAAUCAACCUUACUUCCACCUGUGUGUUCUAUAGAUUGAUGUGUAUGGUGUGCAUAUUGAUAUUAGUGCUGAAUCAUCUUUCUUGAAAUGACAACGAAACCAUCAACACUCCACUAUAAAUGUCAUCAAAUCCAAAACAGAUUGCACACCAAUCAACCUCCAGCAAUUGAAAGCCUCUUUUUCUCUCUCAAUGCAGGUUAUAGUAAACUUAGUUUCUCUAUAUAAUUUCCAAAAUUUGUUAGUGUGACAUUUUGUUUAGUUUUUAAAGCGAUCUCCCUAGGCUAAUCAGUGAUGCAUCAUUCAGUAUAACGUUGAGUUACUUUCAAAAUUUACUAUUAAAAUCAGGAAGACAAGUAAACUUGCCAUACAUUCUGCCAUGUCUUGCAAUAAGAAGUUAGUGCAUCGGGGACAGUACAGUACACCUGUGACAAUCACUUUUGAGACAGCUGAAACAUACUGUAUUACCUGAAACUGUUGUGCAACCAAUGGUGAGCCCACAACAGCUCACCAGACCAGCAACAGCAACAGGACAGUUUGACCUUGUCGAA